AUGUUGGAGAUCGACAUACGCUUGUCGAAGUUGCUCCAACUGCUGCUCUCUUCUGCUCAGUUGCUCGAUGAGCUCUACGUUGGCGACAUAGACAACAACAAUUAUGUGGAACCAAAAAGUGCAAAAGUUAAUAAUGAAAAAUCACAAAGAUCAAUCCCAGCAGCAAUAACAACAUUUUCAACAAAAUCCUCAUCACCAACACAAGAGCUGCAAAAAUAUUUUAUUUACACUUCGCAAUGUCGUGUGCCAUUUGUGGAUCCUUUCGAGAAGGGUGUGUCGGAACUCUUCAAUCGACGAGAUUUUAACUACACCAAUUGUACAAACGACGAAUUAUUCAUAACAAUCAACUAUCAGCUAAAUGCAAGACAAUACUUUCUACACAUGAAUGUGGAGGCCAUUGAACGAGCUGUUAAACCCUUAAAUGCCAGCGCUACGGAUGUCGGCUGUUGUUAUCGGCAAAUUGUGCGAAGUGGCAGUGGUGGAUGGGCUGAUAAUAAAUUCGAGAUACUGCCAUGCUCUACAUUUCAUCAGGAUUUUAUGGUGCCUCUACACAUAGAGUAUAUUAUUACCGAAUGUUCAUUGAGCAAGGAUGCAAAUACUACUAUCAUUCAAAAGGAUGCUUUCUCAUUCGUUCAACAAAAAAAUAACAGUGCCACUAACUCGAGUAAUAAGCACACAACGAGCUCACACAAGAAGCCCAAUGUAUUAUUAUUGGGCAUAGAUAGUGUUUCCCGUAUAAACUUACGACGUACCAUGCCGGAGACCUUUAAGCAUUUGCAGAUGAAUAAUUGGUUCGAGUUACAAGGCUAUAAUAAAAUAGGCGAUAAUACUUUCCCCAAUUUGCUGGCUAUGUUAACUUCGUACAAUUUAACCACAGGUGAAGAAAAAUGUCGUCCAACAACUGUGGGCGGUUUGAAUGACCCAAUUUGUAAUCUAAUUUGGAAUAAUUUUAAAAAUUACGGUUAUAAAACAGCAUAUGCAGAAGAUUGUAAUGGCAUGAGUACAUUUAAUUAUGUAAAAUGCGGUUUUCUUCAACAGCCGACCGAUUAUUAUCUGAGGCCCAUGUUGAUGGCCCUCACCGAAAAUUUGGAUAUUGUGAAAAACGCCGGUCUGGAAUAUUGUGUUGGUCGUAAACAUCACGCUGAAUAUGUAUUUGAUUUUAUUCUACAACUUGGGAAUACUUUUCCAGCGGAUCCGCUUUUUGGACUAUUCUGGGCCAACUCAUUUAGUCAUAAUGCGUUCGACACGCCAGCAACAAUGGAUACGAAAAUAUUGGAAUAUCUUUUGAGAAUGAAGAGUGACGGCAUUCUGGAACGUUCAAUCGUGAUAUUUUUUUCAGACCAUGGAAUGCGUUGGGGCUCUUUGCUAUGGUUAAAAUCUGGAUUUUUAGAAGAACGAUUACCCACAAUGUUCAUAUAGAUAGAUUUUAUGAAAAACCUACAAAUAAAUCAGCGGCGUUUAACAUCGCCAUAUGACAUUUAUGCGACCAUGAGACAUAUACUUGAGGUGGCCGAACCGGAAAACGAAUUUCCUUACCUCAAUGGCACCAUACGUGGAGUUAGCAUUUUUCGUGAAAUACCAGAGAAUCGCACCUGUAAUGAUGCCGGCAUUCCGGAGCAUUGGUGUACUUGCGUACCAUAUGAAACAGUAGAUAAAAAUGAUGAACUCAUAAGCAAUAUUACCAGCCUGGUAUUCAAGGAAAUCAAUCAAUAUUUGGUUAUUAAAAAUAUUAGCGAUAAAUGCGCCAAUUUGACUUUAAAAUAUUUAAAUUCAGCUGAAUUGAAGAUGUUUGAUGAACCAAAUCAGUCAACGUACCGACUCACCUUCGAAGCACUGCCAAAAGAGCCGUCAUUUCAAGCGACAACUAUUUACAAUAGAAAUUCGAAGGCGAUCUCGAUCAAUGUUGAAGAUAUAUCCCGACUUGAUUCAUAUGAAAACACCGCAGGCUGUAUUAAUUUAAAAGAGGCUAAGAAAUAUUGCAUUUGCAAAUAAUGAUACAAUUA